UGCCUCAGAGGUGGCAUGCAGAUCUUCGUGAAGACCCUGACCGGCAAGACCAUCACCCUCGAGGUGGAGCCCAGUGACACCAUCGAGAACGUCAAGGCGAAGAUCCAGGACAAGGAGGGCAUCCCUCCCGACCAGCAGAGGCUGAUUUUUGCCGGCAAGCAGCUGGAAGAUGGCCGCACUCUGUCCGACUACAACAUCCAGAAGGAGUCCACCCUGCACCUGGUGCUGCGCCUCAGAGGUGGCAUGCAGAUCUUCGUGAAGACCCUGACCGGCAAGACCAUCACCCUCGAGGUGGAGCCCAGUGACACCAUCGAGAACGUCAAGGCAAAGAUCCAGGACAAGGAGGGCAUCCCCCCUGACCAGCAGAGGCUGAUUUUUGCCGGCAAGCAGCUGGAAGAUGGCCGCACUCUGUCCGACUACAACAUCCAGAAGGAGUCCACCCUGCACUUGGUCCUGCGUCUGAGGGGAGGUGUCUAAGUUCCCUCUCAAGCUUUAACAAAUAUCACUGCACUUUUCUUUCAAUAAAGUUCUUG